CCUGGCCAUUCAGCCAGCGCUGUCCCCGCCGCGCCGUCGCGCCUCUGCCCUAGAAGCCCGGCGUGGCUUCUGCAUCCAUCGCGGCCGACAUGGCAAAGGUGGCUAAGGACCUCAACCCAGGAGUGCAAAAGAUGUCUCUGGGCCAGCAACAGUCAGCAAGAGGAGUGGCUUGUUUGCAGUGCAAGGGGAUGUGCUCCGGCUUUGAGCCUCAUUCGUGGAGGAAGAUAUGCAAAUCUUGCAAGUGCAGUCAAGAGGAGCACUGCCUGACCUCCGACCUAGAAGAUGAUCGGAAGAUCGGACGCCUGCUGAUGGACUCCAAGUACUCCACCCUCACCGCCCGGGUCAAAGGGGGAGACGGCAUCCGCAUUUACAAGAGGAACCGCAUGAUCAUGACCAAUCCCAUCGCCACAGGCAAAGAUCCCACCUUUGACACCAUCACCUAUGAGUGGGCUCCCCCUGGAGUCACCCAGAAACUGGGCCUGCAAUACAUGGAACUCAUCCCCAAAGAGAAGCAGCCCGUGACGGGCACUGAGGGCGCCUUCUAUCGCCGCCGCCAGCUCAUGCAUCAGCUCCCCAUCUAUGACCAGGACCCUGCUCGCUGCCGUGGACUUUUGGAGAAUGAGCUGAAAGUGAUGGAAGAAUUUGUGAAGCAGUAUAAGAGCGAGGCCCUUGGGGUGGGUGAGGUGGCCCUGCCGGGACAAGGCGGCUUACCCAAGGAGGAGGGCAAAACACAGGAAAAGCCAGAGACUACGGAAACCACUGCCCCAACCACCAAUGGCAGCUUGGGUGACCCAUCCAAGGAAGUGGAAUAUGUCUGUGAGCUGUGCAAGGGAGUGGCCCCCGCUGACAGCCCUGUGGUGUACUCGGACAGGGCAGGUUACAGCAAGCAGUGGCACCCUGCCUGCUUCGUGUGUGUCAAGUGCUCUGAGCCACUGGUGGACCUCAUCUACUUCUGGAAGGACGGGGCGCCCUGGUGCGGCCGCCACUACUGUGAGAGCGUGCGACCCCGGUGCUCCGGCUGUGAUGAGAUCAUAUUCUCAGAGGACUACCAGCGUGUGGAAGACCUGGCCUGGCAUCGGAAGCACUUUGUCUGUGAGGGCUGUGAACAGCUACUGAGUGGCAGGGCAUACAUUGUCACCAAGGGUCAGCUCCUGUGCCCUACUUGCAGCAAGUCCAAGCGCUCCUGAAGGGCUGUCAGCCACAGCCAGAUCCCACCAGGACAUUGAAGCCAUCCUAUGGGGCGGUUGCAACAGCACGCAGGCAGCAUAUACAUUGUUCUUUCCAGUGAGACUAUAUAUAUUAUUCAUUCUAGGUUGAGUGACAGUAGACCCUCGAGGGUCAGUAGUUCCAAAAUCCAGAAGUGUUCUAAGGAGUCUUAGAACGGAUUUAUUUGUUGUCAUGAUUUCCUGGCUGCAAUCAACUAAAGACACAUUGACAUCCUGCUCUAAGGAAGAAUUUCCCAGAACGCAAUUCUGAGUGAUCUAAUCAUGUAGCUGUAGGAUGUGCUUUUCUGUGGACAUGGGGGGCAGGCCAGGGUCUCCAUUGUCACUUGUUGCUUCUCAUCAGGUGGGAUUUGGAUUUUAAAUAAACAAUAUUUGGGCCAUGAUAAGCAAAUUAAUAAAGGUUUUAUGAAGUUCACAGACA